UCCUACAAAACCCCACUAUCAGCAGCCAUUAAAUAUUAAACUAUUACUGUCAGUUUCUGUGUGGUACAUCUUUAAUUCAUAAUAAUAGUUGCAAUUGGGUUUUCUGUGAUAUUAUUUGUAUUUAGAUUGUUGUUCAAAUUCUUCCAAUCACCCGCGGAUAAACUAAGUUAUUAAUUUUUUAUAAACAAUAGUGUAACCUUUUGUGUUUGUUGUUCAGUUUUAUGUUUUUGCGCAACAAUAACUGCAUUAAUUUUAUAAUAUUGUUAAUCAUAUAUUGAAAAACAAAUUCAUGUGAACGUGUGUGUGUGUGUGUACCACAACUUUAAUUAGUAAAAACAAUAACAAUGGCAACCACCAGCAAAGACAUCUGUGAUAACAUUCAACUAGCCAGGGAAAUGUCUCUGCUGGGAAACUACGACGAGGCAGAAGUCUACUACGAAGGUUUGCUACAAAUGAUUUCGCGAUUUUUAAUCGGAAUUCCCGAUCAAAUUAGGAAAGACAAGUGGCAACAAGUACAGAAGAAGGUUGUCACUGAAUAUGAGCAGGUUAAAACUUUAAAGAACAUGUUAAACACUUUGAGCCUCAACGUCAACCAUGAAGUACCAAUUGGGGUGAGACGAGAUGAACCUGUCAAGGAUGGUCUGGAUUUUAUGGACUACAAUACACCUACUGAUCCGGAUGUGUGGCCUGCUCCAACACCUGCUGACCACAGUGCAAGGGGCCCAAAGUCCAGACAAACGAAUGUCAGAGGAAAACCCAGUGAUACAAAGAAAAGCAUGUCAUCGAGAGUGAGUUCAUCAAACACAGCCAGGAAAUCAGAAGUAAAAGGCAAACCGACGAAAAAGGAAGAUCGACCGACGUCCUCGAAGCCGGUAAACUAUUCCGACAUAACGAAACCGGAAAAGGAGACGAAGGAACAGGAAAAUACGGAGAAAACGGAGGAGGAGAAAAAAUUCGAGUGUCACGGAAUGGAGCGUGAACUGGCUGAUAUGCUGGAACGAGAUAUAGUACAGAAAAACUUGAACAUCAGAUGGGACGACAUUGCGGACUUGCACGAAGCCAAAAGAUUGCUUGAAGAAGCUGUGGUGCUGCCCAUGAUGCUCCCUAACUUUUUCGUCGGUAUCAGACGACCGUGGAAGGGGGUUUUAAUGGUGGGUCCUCCGGGUACGGGAAAAACGAUGCUGGCAAAGGCCGUUGCCACAGAGUGUGGCACAACAUUCUUCAACGUUUCUUCGUCAACACUGACGUCCAAGUACAGAGGUGAAUCCGAAAAAAUGGUCCGGAUAUUGUUCGAAAUGGCAAGAUUCUACGCUCCCAGCACCAUUUUCAUCGACGAAAUCGAUUCGCUUUGUUCCCGCAGGGGCUCCGAAUCGGAACACGAAGCGUCCAGGCGAGUCAAGUCCGAAUUGCUGGUACAAAUGGACGGCAUAACGGCGAACCACGAGGAACCGGGAAAAGUGGUUAUGGUUUUGGCCGCCACCAACUUCCCUUGGGACAUAGACGAAGCGUUGCGCAGACGUUUGGAGAAACGGAUAUACAUUCCGUUGCCGACCGAAGAGGGUAGGGAGGCGCUGCUGAAGAUCAAUUUGAGGGAGGUCAAAUUGGAUCCGGACGUGGACUUGAAGGAGAUCGCCAAGAAACUGGAUGGAUUCUCUGGUGCGGACAUAACGAACGUGUGCAGGGACGCGUCGAUGAUGUCGAUGAGGAGGAAAAUAUUCGGGCUGAGGCCCGAUCAGAUUAAACAGUUACCGAAGGAGGAGCUGGACUUGCCGGUCACUAAUAGGGACUUCAUCGAAGCCCUGGAUAAAAACAACAAGAGCGUAUCGCAGGAAGACCUCGAAAAGUACGAGAAGUGGAUGAACGAGUUUGGCUCAUCUUAGUAUAAGUAGUUUGUUUUAAACCUUUAAAUAUCAUCUAUUGUUAUCAACAACUAAUUUAAUCGUUAUUUAUUAUAUUUUUAUAAAUGGGAAAUUCUUAACAAUUCUUUUGCUUAACAAACAUGUCUUAAUUGCAAGUGCCAGAAUUUCUCUUCAAGUGACUUAAAACCAAUCAACGGAAUUUCAUUGCAAAGCAUAUUUUAAUCAAUCAAUAUAUUUAUAUUUUUUUGUAUUAUAAUUAAUAUUAUAACUAAUUGUAAGUAUAAGUAUUAAUGAUAGGAUACAAUAAAAUAUUAAUUUAUUAAACGUUAUAACGUGUUUUAUUAAAUUAUGAAGAAGAAUAAAUUCGGUCAAGGAAGAGAAAAUAAUAAAGAGGGGAAUUUGCUGAAGAAAUAUUUAUUUUCGUUAGGAAACCAAAGACAAAAAUAAAUUGUAAUAUAAUUUUAUUCAAUUACGAAAAAUAUGCUACGUCCUUUUUUGUAUUUGUAAUGUUAACAUCAAGAAAUGAACAAAAAAGUCUAAAUAGUCGUUAAUUGAAUCACUUUGUGUUGUCUUUUCUUGACAUCUAAUUCACACACAUAGUAACAAUAUUUUUCAGAGUAAACAAAUAACAAAAUCGGUGUUUUUUUAUAAAUACCAUAUAUAAAAUCAUUUAUGUCAUUAAAAAUAUAUAUUGCAGUAGGAGAUUUGGGGCAAUAUAGACAACAAAAAUGAGAUUAACAAGCCUCUCCUUCGCCACGACACCGAGACUAAAACAAUUUUGUUUGUUGUAGGCC